AUGAGGUUUCCUUUUCGAGUCCGCAGGCGCCAAGAGUCCGUACAUGACUACAUCGGCGUACUGGUCCCGCUCGAGGAGGCACACUUACAUAGCCAUUCCGCUAGGUCCGGCAGAAGCGAAUUCGAAGAGGUGAGGACUAGCUCCGAUGACCCGGACGACGAGGCCGAGUCAGGCCUGCCCAAAGAUGGCGACAGUGAGCAUACUGGCAUGUUGCAGAUGAGUGCCGCCGAGUACACCAUCGAGGGUCUCAGGAGGGAGGUUCGUCGAGGUGAAAGACGGCACCAAUGGACUGAGUACGAAUUAAAAUCUAAACUCAUUAAUAAGGCCAUCCAGGACAUAGGUAUGGGCCGGUAUAAUUGGCAGCUCUUCGUUUUGUGCGGUUUUGGCCUUUCUGAACCAUUGAUUGAGUACCACUAUCUUACGCGUGUAAAGGGCGUCUCUUUAACCCUCCCAUCUCUCUCUGGGGAGUUUGGUGUUUCGGAAAAGCAGGUUAGAUACACUACAAGUUCUCUCUUCCUCGGACUUUGUUUUGGGAGCUUUUUCUGGGGACUUGGGGCCGACAUUAUGGGCAGACGUAUCGCCUUCAACGUUACUCUACUAAUCACAAGCAUUUUUGGCAUCUGGGCGGCGUACGCACCAAACUGGGUAUCGGUUUGUAUUCUGUUCGCUUGCAUGGGCACCGGAGUUGGUGGAAAUCUACCGGUAGACGGAGCACUCUUCCUGGAAUUCUUACCCGACUCCUCGAGUGCAUUGUUGACCCUCUUAUCUGUUUGGUGGCCAGUCGGCCAGCUCGUCUCGUCGAUAUUUGCCUGGUACUUCAUCACAAAAUGGCCCGUCGAACAGGGAUGGCGCUAUUUCAUCAUGACGAUCGGGCUCAUAACAUUCGUCAUGUUCCUCAUCCGAUUCGCCAUCUUCCGUCUGUUCGAGUCGCCCAAGUACCUACUGUCUCAAGGGCGGCAAUCCGAAGCUGUUGCCGUUAUCCAUGGCAUUGCUUACCAAAAUGGGAAGAUGACCUGGCUCACCGAGGAAAUACUAGACGCCGUUGCGGACGUGGACGGUACUGAACGCACACCAGCAAGGACUUCAACAACAAGUAUUAUCAAGAAAAACCUUUCGUCUUUCUCCCUCGAUCGUAUACGACCACUUUUCCAGAAUCGCAGGCUCGGUACAGCAACGCUCUUGAUUUGGUUUUGUUGGAGUACGAUAGGUUUAGGUUAUCCACUAUUCAACGCAUUUCUUCCUCAAUACCUAUCUCACGGCGGCUCUGGUGCGCCAGUAAACGACGAGAGUAUGGUGGCGUAUGAUGCUGCCUCGUCAGCAACUUACCGCAACUAUGCUAUAAUAUCUGUAGUUGGUGUGCCAGGAAGUCUACUUGCCGCGUAUACCGUGGAUCAUAAGUCUCCAUUCCUCGGGCGAAAGGGAACGCUCGCCAUUUCCACGCUGGUGUCUGCCAUCUUCUUGUUCUUCUUCGUCAAGUUCGGCACAACACCCAACUCGCAGCUCUUCUUCACCUGCGUCGAGGCUUUCUGCCAGAAUAUAAUGUAUGGUGUCUUAUAUGCUUUUUCGGAUCCUGAGAUAUUCCCCGCUCCUGUUAGAGGAGCCGGGACUGGCGUGGCUAGUUUCCUAAACCGCGUGUUGGGACUCAUCGCCCCGAUCCUUGCUGCUAACAUACCUGGCGACGGCACUACAGCUCCUAUAUACAUGUCUGCGAUUCUAAUAUUAGCCGCCUUUGUAGGGAUGGUGUUGAUUCCCAUCGAAACGAGGGGUAGGCAAAGGCUUUAA